AUGCAUUUUUCUGGUGUCUUGACUGUGACCGGGCUCCUGGCGAGCCAAGCGGCCGCUCACGGCCUCAUUACCCUUAUCCAUGGUGCUAACGGUGUGAAAAUGCCUGGCCUGACAGUUUCGGAUGGAGUACCGCGUGACUGUCCCUCUGCAGCCUGUGGCGCGCAAAAGGACACCGCCAUCAUCAGAGACCCGGAGAUGGAUAACAGCAAGGCUUCCCCAUUGGGCCGGACCAAUGGCGGUGGCCCCGUUAAUCCUGCUACGAUCAUCAAUACUUUCCUUGGGAGCAACAGCAACUCUAAGCGUCAACUGGUCAACGAUCUUGCUAGUGUCGUUACCAAUGCUGGUGGCGCGGUCCUCAACGGUGCCCAGGACCUUGCCGACGCGACCCCGUUCGGAGGUGCCAUUAAGAAUGCCCAGUCUGCCGUCGAUGACGUCGCUGGCUCCAUGCCAGGGAUGGGAAAGGGCUCAACGACCAGCAAUGGUAGCAAGGAGAAGGGUGCCCAACAAUACGCUGGAAAAGGAGCCUCUAGUGGCCUUCCUACUCCCGACAACAACGGUAUUAUCACCAUGACCUAUCACCAGGUGAACCAAGACGGCGCCGGUCCCUUGACGGCCGAUAUUGACGCCACGAGCGGCGGAACCGACCCCAAGGCCUUUAAGUCGGCCAAGAUUGUUAAGGAUGUUCCCGGAGUUGCAGGCUUCUCCACCUCGAGCACGAUGGACUAUGAGGUCAAGGUUCAAGUGCCUAGCGGUACGAAGUGCCAGGGAACCGUUGGCAGCGCUCGAAAUGUCUGCAUUGUCCGCGUUCGCAACACUGCCAUCUCUGGACCGUUCGGUGGCUCCGCUGCUUUCACCAACUAA